AUGACUAGGGCCGGAGCGCAUGGCGCAACGGCAGCCAAAAACAGCUCCGACACAGGCUCGAGACAAGGCGAUGGAGAAGAAGGCGUCGGCCUGCUCGCCGCUGCGGCGCACACACAAGACGAGGAUAGCUACCACUAUCCCGGACAGGAUCAGAAGAGUACACCGCGGCCAAAGGGGCCGGCAAAACCCCUCCAGCUCCAGCCCCAAGAAAGACUAAUCGUCCAUCCCGGCGAAGAUGAUGACGAUAACAGCCUAGUUAGCCUGCCCCUCCGCACCCCCCGCACACCAAACCGUGUACGCUUCGACCUGCGCCCGACAAUUGUCGAGAAUAACAGCCGGUAUAGCACUGAUACUACGACUACAGCAUCAGAGAGCCGCUCCGCGCAAGCACAGAAUGGGCACACACGGAGUCGAGAAAGCCUCGACUUCGAUCCCGACCCAGAUCUAGAUUUUGAUUUCGACUUAGAUGAUCCCCUCUCCUCCCGACACCGCAGCGAACGCGGAAGCAACGGCUCCCACGCCCACCGCCAGCAGAGGAUACCCCUCUUAACGGGGAUAGAAGCCCCGUCGGUGACUGUUUCCAACCAGCUGUUCGGCGAGCACGAGUCUGCUGAGGCAUGGCACCUCGCCGAACAGCGCAGACCUAAAUCCUCACUUCCAGCUGCGUUCAUGAACAUGGCGAAUAGUAUCAUCGGCGCGGGGAUCAUCGGGCAGCCGUAUGCGAUGCGGCAGGCUGGGUUGGGGGCGGGGAUUGUGUUGCUCGUUGUUUUGACGGUAGUAGUGGACUGGACGAUCAGACUGAUCGUGAUUAAUUCCAAGCUGUCGGGGGCAACCAGCUUUCAGGGGACUGUGGAAAGGUGUUUUGGCCGGACGGGGUUGAUUGCUAUUUCGGUUGCGCAGUGGGCGUUUGCGUUUGGGGGGAUGGUUGCGUUUGGGGUCAUUGUGGGGGACUCGAUACCGAGCGUGUUGAGGCAGAUUUGGCCUGGGUUGAAGGAUGUGCCAGUACUGGGAGUGUUGGCCGAUAGGAGGUGGGUGAUUGUGGUGUUUACGAUUGGGGUUAGUUAUCCGUUGGCAUUGUACAGGGAUAUUGCGAAGUUGGCGAAAGCGAGCUCAUUGGCGCUGCUGAGCAUGGCGGUCAUUGUGGUGACUGUUGUUGUGCAGGGCAUGUUGGUUCCCAGUGAGGACAGGGGCCAGCUGAAAGACUGGAAGAUGCUGGUGGUUAAUGAUGGGAUAUUCCAGGCCAUUGGUGUCAUCUCAUUCGCUUUCGUCUGCCACCACAACUCCCUCCUAAUCUACGGCUCCCUCGAAAAGCCCACAAUGGACCGCUUCGCCGUCGUAACCCACUUCUCAACUGGCAUCUCGAUGCUCGCCUGCCUUCUCAUGGCCCUCUCCGGCUUCCUCAUCUUUGGCGACCGCACCCUGGGCAACGUCCUUAACAACUUCCCCUCCGACAACACUAUGGUCAACAUCGCGCGCCUGUGUUUCGGGCUCAACAUGCUCACCACCCUGCCGCUUGAGGCUUUCGUUUGCCGUGAAGUCAUGCUCAACUAUUAUUUUCCAGGAGAGCCGUUCAGCAUGAACCUGCAUUUGUUGUUCACGACGAGUCUGGUGUUUAGUGCGAUGGUGUUGAGCUUGUUGACGUGUGAUUUGGGGUCGGUGUUUGAUUUGGUUGGGGGCACGAGUGCGGCCGCGAUGGCGUAUAUCUUGCCGCCGUUGUGUUAUGCGAGGGGGAUACAAAGCAGUGCUAUUGAACAUCAGCAUAUCUAUACUAGUAGUAAUGCCUUUCCUGGCUUGUUCUGGGCUUGUUUUGAGAUAGAACCUCAAGCACGUGCUCGCGCUUUGCAAAAUCUCGGAAGAGCGCUGACGAUCAAAUAUUCAAAGUCCGCAGUGCCCGUGGAGGAAUAUUUCGUGGAGGCUCGACAGGCUCUGGACCAAGCAACCGCAUGCUACAACUCGAUCCGGGACCAAUGUGCUUGCUGGUACCAUCUCGGAGCGCUUUACGCAGCCCGCUACAGGUGGACAGAAGCUGAGGAAGAUCGGCAAGAAGGUACACGCUUUGCGAGCUUGGCGUACGAGAACAGCCCAAAACAACAGCCAACAUCGGUACUUUCCUUCAGCUUGCUUGCUGAGCUACGGAAGAGUCGGAACAAGUUUAUUGACGCAUGGAGGACAUUUUCGGCACUACGUUCUCCGGAGAUGAGGUUCGACUCGAAGUCUCCUGAGGUGAUGGAGGAGAUGGGACGGCUGUUGAGCAUUGAGUAUGCUAUUGUGGCCAGUGCCGACUGCGUCGACAACGCCGUAGUUUACCUUACUGAGAUCUUAGACUCCGUACCGAGCAAUGAUCCGUUGCUUUACACGGGGCUUUGUGUCCUGGGAGAUCUGCUCUUCGCUCGGUACGGCUUUCAUGAAAGGGCGACCGAUUAUGACGAUGUUAUCCAGUUUGGCGAGAUGGCCAUGUCCAGCGAUGACAAUGAACCCCUUAUUACAGAGUUCCUGCUCAUUCGGACGAUGUUGUGUAACCAAAGAUUCCGGGUAACAGGAGACAUCACGAAAAUCAAUGAGGCAAUACAGUUGAUGCGGAAGAAGCUUUUUGUUGACUCAUCUAAGGGCCGAUCUAAUCCGUUGAACACCUUUGCACUUGGAAAUUGCCUCCGUGAGCGGUACGAGUUCACCAAUGCUCUCGGCGAUCUGGAAGAAGCCAUACAAUGGCAACGUCAAGCGAUGCGAGAAGCCCCUGAACACCAUAUGUUCGCAGCAAGAAUGCACUUCUACAUGUCUGAGAUCUUGAAAAAGCAAUAUCAAAGGACAAUGGAACUUGCUUCAUUGAACGAAGCUAUCGAGCAUAUGCGGAUGGCAAGCUCGAGUCCAGGUCCACAUUCAUAUCACCCUGAAGUUAAGCUGCUAUACAACUGCAGCUUGGCAGAAUUGCAUCUCCAGAAGUAUAAUGCGACCAAUGAUACCGAGCAUCUUACAGAAGCUCUCAGCCUUGUUCACACAAUAUUCGAAGAGAAGUUAUCAGGUGAGGCUGCGCAAGCCCAUGGCUUAGCGGUCGAUACAAUUGGCAGCAUAUACCGCACUUUGUACGAAAAGACAGGUGAUUCUUCAUAUCUGUUAGAAGCUAUUGCAACCUACGAACGGGCCACAAAUCAAGGUGCCAAGUUGCCAAUGAGCCAUCGGUCUCGAAGCCGCCUGCUCAGCAACCUCACCUGGCUAUAUUUACGGCGCGGUGAAGAGACAAGAGACCUCGGCUAUCUUUCAAAGGCCCUCGAGUACUGCGAAAAAAUCCUUAAAGAUAACAAUGCAGCCGCGGCUGAGCGUGUUGAAGCUGGCAGAACCUACCUUACCAACAUUGUGAAACUUCAGCAAUGGGAAGCAGCGUAUAAAGCAGCCAACCUCACAGCGAGCCUUGUCCCUCAGCUCUCGUUACGCUCCCUCCGCCACUCAGACCGCAAACAGUUGCUCGCCAACCUUUACGGCCUUGCAUCAGAGGCAGCGGGUGUAGCCCUCCGAGCAGGCAAGUCACCGCUGGACGUGCUGCGCCUGGUCGAGCAGACUCGUGGCAUCAUCGGGGCAUCCCUGGAGCAGCUCCGGGCCGAUAUGAGCCGCCUUAAGGAUGUAGAUCCCGAGCUGGCAAGGGACUUUGCCAAAGCCCAACAACAAUUGACUUCACCCAUCCAUCAGGAGGACUGGUCGCCAGCACUGUUUGAUAAGACGUCGUCGUGGGCCCAUCGGGACUUUGAGGAGAGACAGAAGUUCGAUGAGAUACUGUCAAGGAUCCAGCAGACUCCUGGGUUUGAGAACUUCUUACGUCCGUUGAGUGAGGCAAAGAUAUUUGAGGCUGCGUCUCGGGGACCGGUUGUCGUCAUAAGUGUUGCACCUUUUGGUUGUGAUGCGCUGUUGGUAACGGCGAACGGUGUGCGGGCGGUGCCGUUACCAGAUCUUUCGCAUUCAGAGGUUGUUUCUAAGGCGCAGAAUGGUGACUUUGGGAGCUAUGAUACUCUGGAGUGGCUCUGGAUGACGGUAGCUCGGCCUAUUCUCGAUGCUCUUGGGUUUACUCAGCGAUAUCAAGAUUCCGGCAACGGAAGUAAUAGUAUGCCGCCACACAUAUGGUGGAUUCCGACCGGUCCCUUGACGAACUUCCCUCUCCAUGCUGCCGGUCUGCAUCGUGCCCGUACUGGCCAGACGGUGCUCGACAGGGUCAUGUCAUCUUACGCCUCUUCUAUCACCUCUCUGAUUCAUGUCCGUGAGCGCUGGUUUCUCCUCCCUCCCGCCCCUAGUGACUCUACUUCAGGAAUCGACGGCAUAUCUAACCAAGUUCUCCUCGUCGCAAUGGAGGAAACUCCUGGAGUCGCAAGACACGCCGUUCUACCAUUUGCUGCCAAAGAAGUCGAAGUUGUCCGACAGCUCUGCACUUCCAUGGGCCUGAGCCCGAUCUCCCCGGGCGGCCACAAGCAAACCAUCGCCCGUUACCUCCGUUCCUGCCAAUUCUUCCACUUCGCAGGCCAUGGCGCCACAGACCCAGUGAACGCAGAAAACAGCCGUUUACUCCUCCUCCCCGAUAAUGACGCUCCGGCCAACAACUUAGAUGACGGAACCCCCACGAACGACGGCUCCCUCCGCGUCUCCGAAAUUCUCGACAUGGACUUAACCUCAAACCCCACACAUCCUCCCCCUUUUUUGGCCUACCUCUCGGCCUGUGGUACAGGCAGCAUGCGAGACGUGAGGGUUGCUGACGAAAGUAUACAUCUUGCGAACGCCUUCCAACUAGCUGGGUUUCGGCACGUUUUGGGGACGUUCUGGGAGGUGCUUGAUAAGAUGUGUGUUGAUGUUACGCGGUUCGUGUAUGAAAGGCUUCUAAGGGACUGGAAGAGUGGGGACUUGACGGAUGAUUCGGUCUGUCGCGCGCUGCACGAGGCGUUGAGAAGGGUGAGGGAUCGGGAGGUGGAUGAGAUUUUUAGGGGGGUUACGAGGAGCGUGAGGGAUGUUGUGCUUUGUGAAGAGGAGGAUGUCGCGGCUUGGGCUCCUUACGUGCAUUUUGGGCCUUGA